AUGGCAGUGGCGUAUCCAAAUUCGCGACAAAGUGCUUUGUCAAGUGUGCCGGAUACAGACAACAGAGCGAACUCAUACACGGGGCAGGUCCAGGAUGGCCUUUUCCACGGCAAGGGGAUAUUUUACUACGGAGAUAACGAACGCUAUGAAGGGGAUUUUGUAUAUGGCAAGAGAGAAGGAAAAGGAAAGUUCUACUAUGCAGAUGGGUCUAUAUAUGACGGAGAUUGGGUAGAUGACAGAAUAAAGGGCAAAGGUGUCGCCUAUUUUGCAAGCGGAAAUGUAUAUGAAGGGCAGUGGGAAAAUGGUAGAAUUAAUGGGUAUGGAACACUGAAGUACGUAAAUGGCGAUGAGUACGAAGGAGAAUGGAUAGAUGGCGCUAUGCACGGACAGGGGACAUACCGGUACGCAGAGGGAGAUGUUUAUGCGGGAGAAUGGAGAAAUGAUAAAAGGCACGGAAAGGGCACUGUGACAUACGUAUCCACGAAGGGAGCGGUCCUGGAGUCCUACGAGGGGGAUUGGGUAGACAACGUAAUGAGUGGGAAGGGCAAAUACCAGUACGCCGACGGUAGCGUUUAUGAAGGUGAUUGGUAUAACGGGAAGAUGCAUGGCAACGGCAAGUAUACAUUCCCAGAUGGAAACAAGUAUGAGGGGGAAUGGUCGAAUGAUCAGAAAGAAGGGUACGGAAUAUUAAUGUACACAAAUGGAGAAAAAUACGAAGGGUACUGGGUGGACGAUAAAGCGCAUGGCACAGGAACCCUUACGUAUCCCUCCAACGAUAAAUAUGUUGGAGAGUGGGCCGAUUCGAAAAAACAUGGUUGUGGCGAAUUGAUUUAUGUAAAUGGUGAUCGUUUCAAAGGUAGUGUUUUUAGUGGUGUGAUUCAGUGCAUCGCAGGCACGUGGGCAGAAGAUGAAGCCAAUGGUUAUGGAAUUUUCGAAUAUGCGAAUGGGAAUCGAUACGAAGGUGAUUGGCUCAUGAACAAACGUCACGGCAAGGCGACUUUCUACUGCCAUGAGGACGGUUGCAUAUACAAGGGGGGAUACGCAGAAAACAAGAAAGAGGGACUCGGUACCCUGACACUGGGCGGUGGGCAUGUUUUACGCGGUACAUGGCGUCGUGGAACACUGAUAUCUAUAGAGAAAUUCGAAAUGUCGCCAACAUCCAGCUGGAGCAACCCCGAUCUAUGA